AUGGCGAAGAAGAAAGCCGGCGGCCGAAAGCCCGACAAGGACGCGGAUCGCGCUGAGCUCGAAAUGCUCCGGAAGCAAGUCGAGGAACAGAGACAGGCAUUGGAGGCUGAAGAGGCCCGCAAGGAGCAAGAGGAUAAGGGCAAGCGCCAAGUCAGCAGCCGGCGUCAACGGACAUUGGUCCGCUGGGAUGUGGAUACCGAUAUUCGGCUUCUGCUGGCCAUCCAGUACGUCUGCAACAAGACCGGCGUCAAGAUCCCCUGGAAGGAUGCCGCGGAAGUUAUGGGAGAGAAGUUCACGGAAGGUGCAAUCGUCCAGCAUUUGUCCAAGCUGCGUAGCAAGCGGGAGGAGCAAGAUAAGCCAAACCCGCCUCCACUGAAGCGUGCAAACGGGAACCACAAAGGGGACGCAAGCAAAAAGAAGGAUUCGUUGCCUUCUCCAAAGGAAGACUCUGCGCCGAGCACUCGUGGCGGAAAGCGCCGUCGCCGUGAUCAAUCUGAUGACUCUGACGACGUGUACACUCUUAAGCAGAAGCAGUUUUCGAAGAACAAGAAGAAGGACAAGGUCUUCACUGCUCCCAAGCUGCGUGAAAAGCGUGAGGAAACCGACAGUGAUGACUCGCAGAAGCUGUUGUGUGUUGGAGCGGAAUGGCUGCGUGACUUCGCCGGCGAUGACCGCGAAGCUGACAACGAAUCGGCUACUACUGAGGAGAACGACAGCUCGACUGAAAGCAGCGAGGCCACCACUCAAGCGACCAAGAAGUCAAAGAUGGUGAAACUCAAGGUCGGCAGUGAGCGCCUGGCCAGUGUUGACCCUUACCUUGCCACCUCUGCAACUUUCCGAGAGCCGGUUACCCCAACCAACCCGGCGCGCGUUAUCACCAACAUGCCACUCCGUCGCCAAUUUUACUACCCGAACAUGCCUGUCGACUCCAGCGCCCCUUUUUCAACUGGAGUUAGCAUCCCUUUCCCAUCCAACGGACCAAGCCCAUUUGACAUUGCCAACCGGUUCCCGAAUGGAAUUCCCGAGGCCGGUCCUGGUGCGGCUCCUAGCUCUGUCUCUGGUGGCAUCUCCACCUUUGAUGGCGUGAACCACACGGCCGCAUAUUCGCAGUUUGACGUGGCUCCCGAACUGCAGUUUGCAAAUGAAUACACCGGUCAGCUCAUGGUGCCAGUGACCAGCUACUUUGAAACCAGUGGCUUUGACAACCAGUUCAUUUCCGACAGUGAAAUGCUUGCGAACCUUCCGGACGUAGAGCCUCCUCGCUACUUUGGCUACGAGGGCGAGGAUACCAAGGAAUUCUAA